AAGCGACCCGGCGGAGACGAACUCAAACAUCCUCCAAUGGCGGCAACCACCACCACCACCGCCGCCGCCGCCAAGACUUCAACUUCAACUCCCAAGCUCAAGAGCUUCGUCUCACUCCUCCUCCUGCUCAUCCUCCUCUUAUCAACCCUCUCCGGCACGUGCGGCGGAUCUGCAAACCGGAUCCGGGUGGGUAAGAAUAACCAGAUCCCCAGAUGCUGCGACAUGUCGUCGGAAGAACAGUGCUCGCAGAACCCCAACUGCCGCUGGUGCCGCAGCGAGUCCCUGGACGACAUGUGCUUCGCCAAGUCCGUGGCUCUGCGUCUGCCCCCUCAGGUCUUCACUUGCAAGUUGAUCCGAUUCAGCCAAAAGUUUUGAGCUUCUUUAAUUCGACUGGUUCUUAAUUCCACGGCGUGAAAUGAUUAUGGCGCAUUGUGCGAAUUUUGUGCAUCCAAUUUUGUGUUGGAAGUUGAUAAAUAAGGUGUGAUAGAUAGUUUAGUUGAGGACUUUGUUGGAGGAAAGGCUCUUCAUUUUUAGGGAGAUUAGUCGAAUCUAUGGAUUUUGCAGCUCCCUCGUGAAGCUGCUUGAGGGUUUUCAACUUUUCAUUUCCUUGACAAAGCUAGAUUUGAACCCUGCGAUAGCUAGCAAGUAGCACCUCUAUAAUAGGAGUUAGAUUAUCCUUUCAAGUCAUGUGUGGCACAAUUUGAAGCCGUGGCCUCCAACCCGUGACAUAAAAGUCACAGUGACAACAAGCGAGAUCUCUCAAGAAGAGGAAAUCCAUCCAGUUAAGAAGAUAGUGUGGCUGUAGUGCCAGAAACCGUUGGAGCUACUAGAAAGAACAAUGUUCCUGUGAGCAAAAAGAAACCUUCCAAGGAGUUGGAAAACGCAAAUCAGGGCCAAAUAUGCGAACGAAAAGAGAUAGAGGAAGGGAAAGGAAAAAUGCUCGAAGAGGCGCUAGCUAU